AUGGCUCCGAUUGACCCCAACCACGCUGCCUUUGGGCUUGACCAGCCUGCUUUCGACGACCAGGCCUUUCUCAAUGGUCUUGCCAAUCUUGAUGUCGAUGGACCUUUCAAUGCUUCCAAUGGCUUUAACUAUGAAGAAAACCCCGACCUUAUGAAAAGCUUCGACGAGUACUUCGCCAGUAUCCCUCUCGAUAACCUUGAUAUGCCUGGCCUUGACCAGCCCAUUUCAGCCACACCUGCCAACUGCUCUGCUCAGCCAGUGUCCAACAAUAUCCCUGCCCAUGCACCACACAUGCAGAUGACCUACGACCCUUCGAUUGGUGUUGCAUACACCCCGGAAGACACAGACGCCGACAAGAUCCGCAAGUGGGAGAACCUCAUCGCCCAGGCCAAUUUGGCGGAUGCUGGCGUGCCACCCUCCGCUCCUGAACCCAUUGCAGGAGAGACAGUUGAACAAGGCACCCAGGUUGCGGACUCGCCCAACUCGCUGUUUGACUCUCCUCGCUCGCCGUCCGUCGAGAUGAUUGGGACUCCCAGCCCCACUCCACCGACUCCCUCCCCUCCCCAACCUCCUGCAGCUACUAUGGCAACUUCCAACGCCGCACCGAAUGUGACUGCAAACACCACUCACUCCGUGCAGCUUCCGAGAGCGUUGACGAACCAGAAAGGCUAUGUGCAGCACGUCUCCCCAUUUGCUCCCGUUGCAACAAUUGCUCCUCCUACCUCAUCUACCGCAAAUUCUCGUGAGCUUGAGAACGCUAGAUUGCGGAUCCAGAGUCUUGCGAAGGAGCGUAGCUUCUACCAACGCAACCUACGCAAGGCAACCGCCAUCGACCCCAAGACGGGAAAGACAAGCCUACAGAAGUUGCAGGCAGAGAAUUUGAGCCUCCGCCGAACCAACGCCAACCAGGCGCGGAAGCUGCAGGAUAUGAACGAGGAAGUAAACAAGGAAAAGUCGAAGUUUGCUGCGCUUGGAGCACAGUACAAUGAGGUAGCGAAGCGCCUGCACAAGGCUAUGGUUGAGCUUCGUGAAUUGAAGGGUCAGUAG